CUUUUUGGUAAUCACUUUCGUUCGCAUAAAGGAACAAAACGAAACUUGAAAAACUCAAACUUCACUACCAAAAAAACGACUUGGAAAAUACUUCUACCUGGAUGGAAAAUUCGCACUGAGGAAAUGCCGGCAAAGGGUUCAUGGGGGUUCUCUCUCUUCGUGAUUGGGAGUGCCGCUGACGAUAAAAUUGUUGAUGGAUCUGUUCAAAAUUCACUCUCUCCUUCUCUAAGACUACAACUAGACAAGGAUGUCUACAGGCCUGGGGAUCUAGUUUCUGUGAUUAUUGAGAUUCACAAUCCAUGUAACUCUACUGACAAUUCCGAAACUCAGCAUGAAGAUGAUGAUGCUUGUUCACUUCUUGUGGAAAGACUUGGAUUUGAAAUCAAAGGGGCCGAGAAAUUGGACACUCAAUGGUUCUCCAUGCAGAGACCAUUUUCUGGAACAAAACACAGAAGAGGUGAGCAGGUUUUCCUGGACUGUUCUACACCUCAUGUCAUUUCGAAUCAGAUUGUUUCCUCUGGUGCCACCAAAACUUAUAUAGUCAGAACAGAACUACCUGAUAGUAUACCACCAUCAUACAGGGGUACAACCAUUCGUUAUUUUUACUGUGUUAGAACAACAUUAUCUGGGAGAUUUCUGGCAUUGGAGAGAGGUUCCCGUCGAGAUUUGAUGAAGGAAACAGUUAUUUUAAUAUGUUUGUUGAUUUUUCUACUGCAGUACAAGAACGAGAUGUAUUUAGCUGAGACCAAUGUUGGUACAGGGAUUUUGCAGGCUACAACUAUCCCGAUGGACAUAUAUUGGAAGGAAAAGGAUUCUGAUUCCGAAUGGGCAAGAGCCAACGAAACAUCUGAUGGAGGUGAAGAAGGAUAUGACAGCUCAAGGGACGAAACGUCGUCUGUCUCAUCCUACAAUCCCUCGAAGGGGAAUUUAAACAAGGCUUUUGGAAGUUCCUUGUCGUUGCAAUCAGCUGCAUCGAGGUUUUCAAACAAGGAUGUUCUACAUUUCCAAGGAGAACGCUCUAGUUUAUCAUCAUAUCUGGCACUUCCUCAUGUAUCUGUUGCUGAGGUCAUAUAUGAUUCUAGUGGUGAUGUAUUGUCCCCGGAUAAGAAGUCUCCUGCUGUUCUCUCUCCAAGUCCUAGUAAGCAGAGAAAGCAUCCCUUUUCCCCUGGUGAAGAUACUAUAGCUCCUCCUGUUGCCGAGACUUCUGAACCUGUAGCAUCAGAAGGCUUUGUUCGAGGGAGAUCCUACAAUAUCAGGCUGGAUGACCAAGUGCUGCUCCGGUUUUCUCCUAAAAACUCAGAUUCAACAUACUACUUCAGUGACAUGAUUGGUGGCACUUUGACUUUCUUUCAUGAAGAAGGGGCUAGGAGGUGUCUUGAGGUCUCAAUAACCUUGGAAACUUCAGAAACAAUAAGUCAGAAAUUUGUCCAUCCUUCACGUAGAAAUGCUCCAAUGAUUACAAAGAUCCAGAGCGAUCGUUAUGAGGUUGUUGCGGAUUUAGUACAGACAAGCUUUCUUUUUUCAAUUCCCAUGGAUGGACCCAUGUCUUUUGCGACUCCCCUAGUUUCCGUGCAAUGGGCUCUUCGGUUCGAAUUCUUUACCACUCCUAAGAACGUGGAUUGGACAAGAUACGAGCAUCCCCUUCUUAUUGAGGGAAGAGAUAAAGGGGAAUGGGUACUUCCGAUAACUGUACAUGCACCUCCACCACGAGCUCAGCCUGCUCAUACAAGAAGUGAAAGGCCCGAUUCUCUCGGACCCAUAUGGAACCGUAAUUGAAGGCGUGUGGUUGUGUGUGCAGGCCUCCAUUGGAUUUGUUGCAACAUAAAAGUUUGGAAACCGGUAAUCAAACCUUCUAUGGCCAGAUUCCAUCCGCUCUUCAUGUAACCAAUUGUUAUGGGAUGUGAAGCAAGCUGGUGACACUGAGGUGAAACCCUAGUUAUGCUGUAAAAAGAUUAGAAUUUAGAAGAGAUAUUGAAAAGUAUGACAUGAAGUGGGAGAGUGUAAUUACGUGAAAACAUUAUGGAUUUACUCAACAGACAUUCCUUGGCAACACUAAGUUUUGCUUCCAUGGCCAACUUUUCCACAUGCGGAUUUAAAAGCUUUAUUCACUGUUGGCGGUUUUAUUUAAUCUUGGACGGUGUCAUUCUGUUGUUAAAUAUUCCAUAAAUUUCAUGGUUACCGUAUGCAACAUUUGCUUAUUUUCUCCGGUAAGUUUGUUUUGUUUAACUGACUGUCAGGAUUAUCUUCAGAGUGGCAUUUAAAACAUAUUUUUUACUUGAUUAAUUUUGUUU